GGAUUGAAGAUGUUACUGGAAAAAUUUGGGAAAUUUUAGAAAAGUGGAGUCCAUUUAUACAGGAACAAAUAUAACAAUAGGUUUGUUGCGAUGGGGAAAAUUCAGUGAUCCUGAAAUAAAGGGUGAGUGGGAUCAGCUCAUAGAGUCUCUGCCUGGCUGGGAGAAAGAAAGGAUGUACAUGAUAACAGACGGGAUAAUAUUAGGCCCUGAGGGAGUAGCCAUUCCGAUACGGAAAAUGGGAAUAGUGGGAGAAUGGUACAACAUACCAGACACGGAGCCCCACAUAGCGAUGACUUUUAAUCAGUCCAUGCUGGAUCUGGGAGAAAUGAUGCAGCAAGCAAGGCAGGUGGUUUGGGUGCCGACGGUGCGUGAAGGCAUGCAGGCAGCGGCAGGAGAGAAGAUGUUAAGGAUUCAGUGGAGUGCAAAGGUUGUAGGUGAUUUGAAGUUAGACAACAGAGAUCCGUGGCUGUGGAGCAUGAUAGGAGUACAGUGUGAUGCAAAAGAAAGUACAGAGGAAUGUUGGCAGGAAAUGGAAAGAGAAGUGCCUGAGGAGGUGUGGACUGCUCACGAUACAGAAGUAGGCCUAGUAAAUUCAGCUAGCCCAGUGGAAAUUUAUCUUAAACCAGGGUGCACACCACCCUGGAAAAACCAGUAUCCCUUGAAACCUGAAGCCGAGGAAGGUAUAAGGGAAACGAUAGAGGGAUUACUGGAUGCAGGGGUGUUGGUGCCUACCAUUAGCUGCUGCAACACCCCCCUCUUGCCUGUGCCAAAGGCAGGAGGUGAAAAGUGGAGGCUGGUACAUGAUUUGCGUGCAGUAAAUGAAGUAGUGGAGGAUCAGACAGCAGAAGUUCCCAAUCCACACACACUGUUGACAAAUGUGCCCCCCAAUGCAAAAUGGUUUACAGUUGUGGAUUUGUGUUCAGCGUUUUUCAGUGUGCCCCUUGCAGAACAGUCACAGUUUCUGUUUGCUUUCACCUACAGGGGUCAGCAGUAUGCCUACACGAGGAUGCCGCAGGGAUUUAAGCAUUCGCCGCAUGUUUUUAAUCAGGUGCUUAAGGCAGACUUAGAUGGACUGAAUUUAAAAAGUACAGUAAUACAGUAUGUGGAUGAUCUAUUGUUGUGUGCUGAAACGCUGGCAGACUGCCACCAGGACUCAGUGCAGUUGCUGAAGGUCUUGGCGAAAGGGGGGCAUAAGGUGUCCAAGGCCAAGCUGCAGUACUGCCAAGAGCAGGUUACGUACUUGGGGCGUGAGAUCAGCCACGGGAGGAAAGCUAUAGCAGCAGAACAGCUAAAGGGGAUCACUAAGGCUCCGAAACCCAUGACUGUGUCACAGAUGCUGACUUUUUUAGGGAUGACAGGAUUCAGCAUGGACUGGAUUGAGGACUACGCUGUGAAGGUGGCACCGUUGCGGGCACUGAUAAAGGAGGAGGGCCACACUAAUUUGAAGGCCUCCUUAAUUUGGACAAAUGAGGUCUCAGUAGCAUUUGAAUCUAUCAAGCAGGAGCUACAGAAUGCACCUGCUCUGGGCCUCCCAGACUACACCAAGCCAUUUUAUCUGUAUGUCAGGAACAGGAAGGACGGCUUUGGGACAGCUCUGCUCACUCAGGACUUGUGUCCUGGCAGACGGAAGCAGCCAUUGGCAUACUAUAGCAUGAAGCUGGACAAUGUGGCUCAGGGAUGCCCACCCUGUUUCCAGGGAGUGGUGGCUGCCUAUUUAGGCUAUGAAAAGGCCACUGCCAUCACGAUGGGUUAUCCAGUGACAAUUUAUACUUCACAUAAGGUGGUGGACCUUAUUGACAAAGGCAAAUUUGUGUUGACCCCAGCAAGGCAGCUAGCGUACUUUGCAUUUCUCACUUACCCGGAUGUGACAAUAAAGCGUUGCACUACAGUAAACCCUGCAGACAGCAUUCCCCUGGAGGAUGAGGGGCAGCCACAUGAGUGUGUGGCAGAGUCUUUGGUUUACACUAAACUGAGACCAGACUUGGAGAGUUCUCCCAUUGAAAAUAGCGAGAUGGUGUUGUUUGUGGACGGCUCAUGUUGGAGAGAUGGGGAUGCCUUAAAGGCUGGGUUUGCUGUAGUUCAGGCACAGGGUGAUGAUUUUUACACUCUCGUUUCAGAGCCAGCGGCACAACCGUGUUCCGCUCAAUUAGCGGAGCUAAAGGCUUUGACUGAAGCGUGCCGGCGAGGACAACAUAAGACGGUUACUAUCUACACAGACUCUGCAUACGCACACGGUGUAUGCCAUCUCUUUGGAGCCGUCUGGAAGCAAAGGGGGUUUCGCAAAAGUGACGGCUCCCCCAUUCAGCAUUAUAAUCAGAUUUUGGAGUUGCUACAUGCAAUGAUGCGUCCUAAGCGUUUGGCUAUUAUUAAGUGUCAGGCCCACCGCAAAGGUCGUGAUUUUGUUAUACAAGGCAAUGCGGCCGCUGAUGCGGCAGCCAGGGCAGCUGCACAGGUCAGGGCUGCUCAUCUUUUGCCUAUGGUGACUGUAGAGCCUUACUGUUUCUGAUCUGGUGGCCCUGCAGGAGCGUGCGGGUCCCUAUGAGGCCUCUGUCUGGCUAAAAAGGGGGGCCUCUAAGGAUGCUAAUGGGCUGUAUCACAACCAUGAGGGACUUUUGGCCGCACCUCUGUCUCUGGUGAACAUUUUCAUAACGGAUGCGCAUGGUCUUGACCAUUGCGCAAGGGGGGGGGGGUGUUACGGAAAAUUACACGACAAGGUUUCUGGGCACCUCAGAUGCAAGCAAUGGUGGAUGCAAGGUUGUCCGAAUGUGAAGUGUGCAUUAAAAACAAUGUACGCAAAGCAAUCACGGCCCCAAUAGGGCACAUUCCAGUGCCUGAGGGACCGUUCAGACACUUGGUGAUGGACUAUGUGGACAUGGGAAAAACAGCAUAUGGAAAGCGAUAUAUGCUUGUGAUUGUGGACAGGUUCAGCAGAUGGGUGGAGGCAAUACCGUCCAAGGACAUGGGGGCGAUGACAGUGGUGAAAUUCCUGAUCAGAGAGGUGAUUCCGAGGUUUGGGAUACCAACUGAAAUAAGCUCUGAUAAUGGAGCUGCCUUUGUGGGGAAAGUUACUAAGUUAGUGGUUCAACAGCUGAGAAUAAAACAAAGGUUGGGAUGUGUGUAUCACCCUCAGUCGCAGGGCAUGGUGGAGAGAGUGAAUGGCACACUUAAGCAGAAGCUG